AUGGAAGCUAGAAUUACGUUGAAGCAAAAACAAGCUACUCAUUGUGUUUCACGUUUAAAUGGAGCUUCGCAACUAAUGAUGUGUCAAGAUCCAUUAUUUGCAUCACCUAUUAGCAACAUUGUCAACAAAAUGAGAUUGAAUGAUGAUGAAAGCAAAAUGACAAUUAUUCGGUCUUACAGUGGGCAAUCAUUUCUUAGGUAUUAUUUGUGCUAUAAGAAGAGAGGAAGACCUGAACGUGUGAUGUUCUAUAAUAAGGGUGAAUGGAUGGACUAUCCUAAAGACAUUGUUGAAUUGGUUACGAAUAAUUUGGAAAUAAAUAAGACAAUAGUGGAAAUACAGUUAAAUGGUCGUGAUCUAAUGUUAGAUUUUUUACACAUGUUUGAGAUGAACUUGAAAAAUGGUUUUCAACAACCCAUUGCUUUCAUUGAUGAGGCACAUGGUUGCUUUUUCCCUGAAGUACUUUCUACUCAGGAUGAAGAAUCUUAUAUAUUCAAACAUGAGGGUAUGAAAUUACAUAUUGAUAUCAAAGUGAAUGUGAUCGAUGAAUCCAAGUUGAGAGAGUGCAGGGGAGAGUCUCGUGCUUUAGUUGAGGAAGCUCAAGUAAAAGUUGUAAAUAGGAAGGAUAAAAUGAAUUACGCAUAUGUUGGUGAGUUAGGUUUAGAUGCUCACAGUGAAUCUGUACACGGGAAAUUGGAUUUGGAUUUUGUACAAGAGUUGUUCCUUAAUGGAAUGAUUAGUUUUGGUAGUACUAAUUUUGAGAUAAUUGACACAUAUCGCUACUCGAGUGCAUCAUUGCAAGCCCGAUUUGAGCUAUUUCGGACUCAAACUAAAAUUACAAAAGAAUUCCAUGAAGAUGCUAAUGUUCGAUAUGCUUGGCUUCCUUUUUCUGAACGAGAGUUAUCUAAAAUGGUGAAGCUUGGACUUGGACAUUGUGCGCUAUCUACAACCAAAUGCACAUAUGGCGCCGGUGUUCUUCUUGCAGCUUCAACUUGCCCAUAUGCCAGUGCACGUUAUUGUGACAUUGACAAAAAUGGUGUUCGACACUUAGUCCUUUGUCGUGUCAUAAUGGGGAACAUGGAGCCUAUUCGUCCUGACAUUGCCCCUGACACUACCCAGUUUCAACCCAGUAGCCCUGAAUAUGAUAAUGGGGUGGAUAGUAUCCAAUGCCCAAGAUACUAUAUAGUGUGGAGUAUGAACAUAAACACUCACAUCUAUCCAGAAUUUAUUGUCAGUUUCAAGGUCUCUAGAGAUUUUGAAGGCCAUUUUUGUGGAAUUGUGGGAAAGAAUGAUGUUUACGGUGCCAAUUCUUAUGGGGCCAAUUCAACUAGUCAUAGUUUCGGUGACAAGUUACAAUCAUCCUCUUCAGUGGAAAGUCAGGGAAUAACUGCCAUUAGGAUUGCUAGCAGCCUAAAAAUUCCAAAAUCUCCUUGGCUGCCUUUUCCUAUGCUUAUUGGUGUUUCUUCUAGUGAUAUGAGUCUUAUUAUAGCGUAUCAUGAAUUAUACAAGGCCAAACAAAUUUCCCGUGAUGAUUUUGUGAAGGAGUUGAGAUUAAUAAUAGGAGAUACCAUACCAUCAAAUCGCGAAUUGGAAGCCUCAAACCAAAAUGAAGGCUGA